AUGGCGGACAGCGAGCAAAUCGCACCAUCAGCUGAAGCCAACGUUGCCAAGGACCCCAAUGAAGCUGUUUCCGAAAGCUCUGGAGCUCAAUACCAAAGCUUGGCAGGCGACAAGGAAGAGCUGCAGUAUGGGCAAAGUUGGAAAGAGAUAGAAGUGGCGGAGACACCAGAGGAAGAUAGGAACAAUAUCAAUGGCUUGACUGAGCCUCCUGAAGAUGAGCAGAAUAACCCAGACGCGGCCGAGACAUCUUCGCAGCAAACUCAGGAGCCUCUAUCUCCGUCGGCCCCUCAAUUACCGGAAAAGGACGAGCAAGGUCAGCCUCCGCCUCCAGACAGAGAGGAGGAGCAACCUACAACGGCCUCAAAAAGCAUAGGCUCACACCCAUCCACGACGACUAUGAAUGGCACAUCGAUACAUCAGCGGUCUGAUAGUCAGUCCACGCAAGCUACGAAUGGUACGACUGCUGUCCGGCGAUUCUCGGCACCUUUGAGCUCCAUCGUCUUUGUUGUCUCAGCUUUGGAUCAGAUUGCAGCGUCAAAAGAAGCUAGGAAGAAGAAAGAGCUCGGAGACGCCGCACAGAAGGCGUUGGAUGCUAUCAAAAGAUUGGAUGGCUCGCCACCUCCCGAGGUCAUCUUCGAACCUCUGCGACUGGCGACAGAGACAUCUAGUAUACCAUUGACUACGACGGCGCUUGACUGCAUAGGAAAACUUAUUAGCUACUCCUACUUCUCCGUACCCCCCGGAGUCCAAGACCCUAAUGCUCCGCCUAGCUCCCACCAGCAACUCCCCUUAAUCGAUCGAGCGAUCGAAACGAUCUGCGACUGCUUUCAGAACGAAGCGACGCCAUACGAGAUACAGCUCCAGAUUGUAAAAUCUUUGCUGGCAGCUGUCUUGAAUGACAAACUUAUUGUUCAUGGGUCGGGUCUCUUGAAGGCUGUCCGCCAAGUCUACAACAUUUUCCUACUCUCAAAGUCGAAUACAAACCAGCAAGUGGCACAAGGAACACUGACUCAAAUGGUGGGUACAGUCUUUGAGCGAGUCAUGACGAGACUGUCAAUGAAAGAGGCUCGUUUGAAUCUGGCAAAAAUUGGUUCGGAGAAAGGUACUUUAAACGGCAGCACAGUCGAAAUCAACGGUAGCAGCUCCGUCUUGGAAUCAGGGGAGGGAGACGCCAAUCCUGAGCCGGACGGAGUCUCCGAAGCCAACUCAACAUGGAACUCGGAUCAGCCGGUCCCAAAAGAGCCAGGAGAACGAUUGACUCUGCAGAGCUUGGAAAAUGCUAAGAGCUUCGACGAUAGAAGGAUUGGCGAUAACGCCCCCACGAUGGUGACACCAGCAAAAUCAGCCCAAAAGCGAGCUGCCUCGGGACAAGCUUCUACAAAUGGUGACGAAGAGCACGGCAGACCCGAGACUCCGGAUGAAGACGAAGAGGAUGAAAUCUUCGUGAAAGAUGCGUUUCUAGUAUUCAGGUCCAUGUGCAGGUUAAGCCACAAAGAGCUGCCACCAGAUCAGCAGCAAGAUAUCCACUCCUCGAACAUGCGCUCAAAGAUGAUAUCACUUGCCAUUAUCCGUACGACUUUGAAUAACAACAUGGCCGUUUUUACGUCACCGCUGUGUACCAUACGAGGCACGAACAAUGAGCCCACCAGCUUUGGCCAAGCCAUCAAUCAGUAUCUCCGCCUGAGUGUGAGUAGGAAUGGGGCAAGCUCCGUCAGGCGAGUAUUCGAGAUAACCGCAGAGAUUUUCUGGUUGAUGCUAAAAGACAUGAGAGUCGGUCUCAAGAGGGAAAUCGAACUGUUUCUGAAAGAGAUCUAUUUGGCUAUACUCGAGCGCAAGAACGCCCCAAGCUUCCAGAAGCUCUAUGUCAUGAAGAUCUUAAAAAGAUUAACCACAGACCCGAGAGCCUUGGUUGAAAUCUACCUCAACUAUGACUGUGAAUCAACAGCACUUGAUAACAUGUUUCAAAGAUCGAUCGAACACUUGUCCAGAUUGUCCGGCAUGUCCGUCCCGCCCGCCAUCGUAUCACCCCAGCAGCAGCAACAGUAUCAAGAUCAGUACACCAAGGAAAGUGAUGCUGAUCUUGAUUGGCAUGACCAUGGAAAACUCCCACCCUCCUUGACGACCGCCAGUCUCAAUGCUCCAUGGAACCAUGAGUGGGAUCUACCGGUGGACUUUCUACUGAAGCAGCAAGCCUUGGAUUGCUUAGUCCGGACACUUCGAUCACUUGUCAACUGGUCUCAAGAUAGCCUUGCCGCAGGCGCUGCAAAAUUGCAUGACAUGGAGUUGCAGGAUCCCAGGGAUCGGUUUAGAGAAUCUCUAGAGCGCCUUCCAGCAGCCGGCUCUCCAAGGAUGUCCACAGCAGGCACGCCUAUUGCUCCUUCAACGCCACUCCUCGAGGAUGAUCCUAUGCAGUUGGAGAAAGCCAAGCAUCGAAAGACUGCACUCAACAACGGCAUUCGUCAGUUCAACUUCAAGCCAAAGCGUGGAGUCAAACAAUUGAUCACGGACGGAUUCAUCAGGAGUGACUCCCCUGAAGACAUUGCCGCCUUCAUCCUACAAACCGAGGCUCUGGACAAGGCAAUGAUCGGCGAGUACCUUGGCGAAGGUGAAACACAGAACAUAGCCAUCAUGCAUGCCUUUGUGGAUUCGAUGGACUUUACAAGGAGAAGAUUUGUUGAUGCAUUGCGGCAGUUUCUACAGAGUUUCCGUCUUCCAGGAGAGGCGCAGAAGAUUGACCGCUUCAUGUUGAAGUUUGCAGAGCGUUACAUUACCGGCAAUCCAAAUGCGUUUGCCAAUGCUGACACAGCCUACGUCUUGGCAUAUUCCGUGAUCAUGCUGAAUACCGAUCAGCAUAGUGUCAAAUUGAAAGCUCAAAGAAGAAUGACUGUUGAUGAUUUCAUCAAGAACAAUAGAGGCAUCAAUGAUAAUGCCAACUUACCGGACGAGUACCUUACUGGCAUCUACAGCGAGAUUGCAGAAAAUGAGAUUGUUCUGAAUACCGAGCGUGAAACGGCUGCAGCUCUUGGCAUGAUGCCUCAACCUGCUGUGGGUGGUAUCGCCUCAAGAGUUGGACAGGCUUUUCUUCAAGCUGGUCGAGAUCUGCAGAGAGAGGCUUAUGCCCAAGCCUCGGAGGAAAUGUCGAAAAAAGCAGAACAGAGACUUCGCAAUAUGAUACGAUCACAACGGAAAACGACUGUGAAGAAUGUAAUGCCGAAGUUCAUUCCAGCUACUUCAUUCAAGCAUGUUGGCCCAAUGUUCGAUGUUACCUGGAUGUCGUUUUUCUCUGGACUUUCUGGUCAGAUGCAGACCACUCAGAACAUCGAGGUCAUCAAACUCUGCAUGGAGGGCCUCAAGCUCGCUAUUCAAACCGCUUGCUUGUUUGACCUCGACACUCCUCGAACAGCCUUUGUGACCGCACUUGCCAGCUUCACGAACCUUGGUAAUUUGAGCGAAAUGAUGGCAAAGAAUCUCGAAGCGCUGAAGGUGCUCAUCGAAGUCGCUCAAUCGGAAGGAAACAUGCUCAAAGGAUCAUGGCGAGACGUCUUGACGUGUGUAAGCCAGCUGGAUCGAUUCCAGCUAAUCUCUGGGGGGGUCGACGAAGGCGUUGUCCCUGAUGUCAACAGGGCUCGGAUUCAGAGAGCACCCGCAAAUACGUCUCGACGACAGCCUAAUCGCCCACGGCCAGCUGCAAUAGCGAACAAUUCCAGCUACCACAUUGAGAUAGCUCAUGAGAGUCGAUCAUCAGAUAUGAUCAGAAAGGUGGAUCAAAUCUUUACGAGUACCGCCCAAUUGUCUGGAGAUGCUAUUGUUCACUUUGUACGCGCGUUGAGCGAAGUCAGCUGGCAGGAAAUCCAAUCUUCAGGCCAGAGCGACUCGCCACGGACUUACAGCCUCCAAAAACUUGUCGAGAUAAGCUACUACAACAUGACUCGUGUCAGAUUCGAAUGGUCGAACAUCUGGCAAAUACUUGGCGAUCACUUCAAUGAGGUUGGAUGUCAUUCGAACACUCAUGUAGUGUUCUUCGCGUUGGACUCAUUGCGACAAUUGUCAAUGCGAUUCAUGGAGAUUGAAGAACUGCCAGGGUUCAAAUUUCAGAAGGACUUCCUCAAACCUUUUGAGCACGUGAUGGCGAACAGCUCUGCAGUAACGGUCAAGGAUAUGGUCCUCAGAUGCUUAAUACAAAUGAUCCAAGCGAGAGGACAGAACAUCCGAUCUGGAUGGAAGACAAUGUUUGGGGUCUUCACCGUCGCAGCUAGAGAACCAUAUGAGACAAUUGUCAAUCUCGCCUACGACCACGUUACUCAGAUUUACAAUACUCGCUUCGGAGUUGUCAUCUCGCAAGGCGCUUUUGCCGACCUUGUCGUCUGCUUGACAGAGUUUUCUAAGAAUCUCAAGUUCCAGAAGAAGUCUCUAGCGGCCAUCGAAACGCUGAAGUCCACUGUUCCGAGAAUGCUCAGGACUCCGGAAUGCCCCCUUUCGCAUCGCAUAAAGCCAAUCACCAACGGAGUCAGCGAGGAAAGAGACGCUCUUCCCAAAGCGAUCAGCAGGCAGACUCAGGAAGAACAGUUCUGGUUCCCUGUCUUGUUUGCGUUCCACGACAUCCUUAUGACUGGCGAGGAUCUGGAGGUUCGAUCAAUGGCUUCAAACUAUCUCUUCGACAUUCUGAAAGAGUAUGGUGGUGAUUUCCCUCCAGACUUCUGGGACAUACUUUGGCGCCAGCUGCUUUAUCCCAUCUUCAUGGUGUUGAAGUCCAAGUCCGAGAUGAAAAAUGUCUUAAACCACGAAGACUUGUCUGUAUGGCUCUCGACUACCAUGAUUCAGGCCUUGCGCAACAUGAUCACCCUCUUCACUCAUUACUUCGAAUCUCUGGAAUACAUGUUGGACCGCUUCCUCGACCUGCUGGCCUUGUGCAUAUGCCAGGAGAAUGAUACCAUCGCCCGCAUCGGAAGCAAUUGCCUGCAGCAGCUCAUAUUGCAAAACGUGACGAGGUUUCAACCUGAGCACUGGAGCAAGAUAGUGGGUAGUUUUGUCGAGUUGUUCGAGCGCACAACGGCGCAUCAACUCUUCUCCGCAGCCACGACUUCCUCCGAUUCUUCUAGUAUUGCCGAGGACGAGAGCGUUCGAAAACCGUCUGUAGCAGAAGUCUCAACCAUCAAAGACUUACCUUUGACUACCUCGCCGACUAUCUCGACGUUUGCCAGCGCUGGGCCCGAGGCUACGAAGCUGGACAAGGCUCACUAUGCGCCCAGUGAAAGCGACGAGGCUACUUUGGCUGAACAGUCCAUGCGCUCAAGAGCAGGCUCAACGCGUACUAACAUUUCGCCACCACCUACCCCUUCUGCAGCAAAUGCCGAGCUCGAAGACUACCGUCCACAAUCCGGUCUCCAGCAACAGCCCAUAGUAGUCACAGCAGCGCGUCGCAAAUUCUUCAACAAGAUCAUCACCAGAUGUGUGUUGCAACUGCUCAUGAUCGAAACCGUCAAUGAAUUGUUUUCUAAUGAUGCAGUGUAUGCUCAAAUACCAAGCUCAGAGCUGUUGCGACUGAUGGGACUCUUGAAGAGUAGCUACACCUUUGCAAAGAAAUUCAACAAUAACAAGGGUCUGCGGAUGAGGUUGUGGAGGGAAGGCUUUAUGAAGCAACCUCCAAAUCUCCUCAAGCAGGAAAGUGGGAGUGCUGCCUGCUAUGUCAAUAUCUUGCUGCGGAUGUACCACGACGAAGGUGAGGAGCGUAGAAGAAGCCGCGCCGAGACAGAGGCUGCACUGAUACCUCUCUGCGCCGACAUCAUUCGUUCAUUCGUCCUUCUCGAUGAAACACAACCGCGCAAUAUCGAAGCCUGGCGCCCUGUCGUGGUCGACGUUAUGGAGGGCUAUACCAAUUUUGCCCGCGAUGACUUCGAAAGACAUAUCGAGACCUUCUACCCGCUGGGCGUAGACCUGCUCAACCGCGAGCCCGGAUCGGAAAUACGAGUGGCGUUGCAGGCGCUCUUGCGGCGUAUAGGGGAGAUCAGGAUGGGCAUGCAACCAAGGGAACACACGCCAGUGCAGACGCCGACGAGUCCGCGGAGCACGAGUGGUGCGUAUUUUGAAAGGAGAAGAGGAAGUCGAGGGCGAUAG